AUGUCUGCAGCUACAACAGAUGUAUUUAUCCGUCCUCGAGAAGUAUGGGUUAACCAAGAAGGAUGCAAGAAUAUGCGUCUAUUCAUUGAUCCCCAUACAAAAAUAAUUGAAGAUAUUAAGCUAUUGGUAUUGGGUGAUUCUCGUAAACAUUACCAGGCUUUUUAUCUUGAACAGCCUUUAGCAGAAAAUGCUGCUAUUCCAACUGAUGUUUCCUUCGAAAAUCCCAUCCGAUUACCCCGCAUCAUUAAUCAUUCUUCUAUUCCAUCCAAUGAACAUGAUAGUGAUGCUCGUUUGAGUCUUCGAUUGGAAACAGAUGAUGAAAGAAAAACCAGGACCGUCCGCGACAACCGUCAACAACUUUCUGAACGCAACAAAUGCAUAGACAAACGGCAGACAAAUUGUACGACUAGAAGUAUCUUAAUUUAUCUUUUUAAAAUUUGCGUUUUUUACAAAAACUAAUUUGCUCAGCUUUUCUUCACUAUUAAAAAGUGAAGACAGUAUUUUCGAUAGAAAACUUUCAUCAUAGAAAAUAUCUAUAAUAAAUAAUGAAGAAAAAAAAUGUUCGAUAAGGUAGUAUUGGAAAAAUAUAGGUUUUCUUUCAACAGACAAUUGUUGAGAUGAGUAAUAAGAAAGAUUUCCAACGAGAAAUCAUUCUUCGAUUCUCCUCAACAUCUUUUUCAAAUGCAUUUUUCUAUCCAGUAAGUGUGGUACAAGUUUUGAGUAUCCUAAAUAGUCUGCAAUUCAUAGUUAUAGUAGAUUAAGUUAGUUCAAAUACAUACAAUAUUUUGUUUGACCGAGCUCUUUUUAUGAUAAGUAGAACAAAAUAAAUGACAAUUUUACUAAACUUUUGCAUUCUCUACGAUUUACACCAGUCGAAGAUUCUCUGUUGUUUCAACAAUGAAACCUUAUUAAAAGCAAAACCAUUUUCUGACAGGUCAAUUAGAGUAAGAUUUCAAAAGUGAUAUUCAUUUGGACAUGAAUAUUCUAUGCAGAUAUGGACAUUUAUUAGAUGAGACUAGUGAAAUGUGACAACUCUUCAGAACAAUAAUGAGUUGAACUUGAAUAAAUGAAAACCUACUAGAAAAAAAUUCUUCAGGAAGGAAGAAAGAUAUUUUGCAAGUGACAAUGAAUGUUUUCGAUGUUGCUGAAGUUUCUCAAAGAACAUAUUAGUUUUCGAUAAAUACAUUAAUAUGAAAAAGCAAUCCAUUCUUUCGCUACUAAAAACAAAUUUCAAUAGAAAAAAUAUUUAGCAAAAUGUGCUUCAUUAACAGAAUGACAUCUGAAUAUGUCCGAGGAAAAGUUCAUAGUAAAAGCGAAAUCCUAUUAAGCGAGAAGAAGACGUUCUUCAAUGCACAUCCGCUGUUCUGAAAUACGAGCGUUAUUUCGAUAGACAUUCCAUACAGUUAUUGAAAAUCGUAGUUUUAGUAUAACGGAAUGCGAGUAUAAGAAUUGACGUCUUAUCAGAUAUUUCUGUAUUUUAAUGGCAAUACAUACGGCAGUUGUCUGUGAAAAAACAGUAUGCCAGUCUCACAGAUUGUUGAACUACAACAGAGAAGAAUAUUUGCUAAACAAACAUAUUUUGAAAAACGAUCAAUAAUAUCUCGUUAAAUUUCUUAAGAUAGGGAAAGGUUUAAGACACGAAAAUCUAGUAGUUCUCCUCGGUUUUUGACUGAAGCCUGGAACAAGUAUCUUCUGUUCAUUUUUGACAAAUGAGAUGAGCAAAACGUGUGAAAGACAAAGGGACAUAAAAAAAAACCAUCUGAUGAUGUGUAGAAGAAAAAGAUUUUGCUCAUAUAUACAUCAUAUAUUUAUGUUUCUGUCAUGCAAUUUUCUUUUAAAAGUAUAGUUUUGUAUAUUUCAUUAUGUAUAGAUAAUCCAGAUGGGGUCAAUAGCAUUGGUAGUAGUCGGGAUUGCUUACUCUCGACUGGUACUUCUUCCGGCACCUGGACAUUUCAUAGGAUGCUGCAAGAAGUGGCAAGCUAUGUAUGGCGCCGCAUUAGUAAUGGAAAUAACACAUUGUGCAAAUCAAAGUCUGAAUAGUGGUAUAGUAUGAAUGUGCUUGUGCUUCUUGUAGUUGAUAUAUUUUUGUAAUGCUUGCACCUUAGUUGUUGGUGGCUUAUGUUGAAACAUUACUGCUUAUUUCUCGUUUUUUUCUACUUUCUUCUAGGUAUUUUUUUCAAUACAUGUGUAGUAUGUAUACAUAAUACAACAAAGUAUUAUGCUGCUGAUGUCGUACUACCUUUUUCGCUUACUCAUAUUCUUUGACUAAUGUCCGCGCCAGAAUAAAAGUGGGGUGAGUGUAAGCUCAAUAACUCGACAACCGCAAUACCUAGCUACCUGCGGUUUUCACCAAUCGAAAGAGGAGGAGCGGGCACGUCUUUUUCUUCGAUAAUGUAUAAGACGAAAUUCUU